AGCGAUGCUGGGGAACUCUUCAAGACCUCGGCGCGGCAUUUCUGCCGCUGCUUGCGCUUGCAAUGCGCCAAAGGAGAUGUGUUUGUCGGCUGGGCGGGAGAUCACUCUCUCCGUCAGGCGUGCCUUGAGAUAUCCAAGCCCUUCGCUGAAUCUUUAGGAUUGAAAGAAGGUGAGCAGGUUGAGGCCGUUGCGCACGCCGCUCCCAUUGCCAGCAGCGUUAUGGUCCAGCCGAACCGAAUUGAAGAUUGGGAGGUGGUGGAGCUGCAGGCCGGCUUCAUCGAGGAGAACUUGUUGUCCCAGGUCUCCGUGUUGAUGCCCGGCAUGAUCUUCCCCGUGUGGGUGCAUGGUCAGCUCGUUGCCAAACUGCAGCUCGACCCAGCCGACCCCAACACGUCUGAAUGCUUCAUGCUUGGCCGGGAUACGGAGCUGGCCAUUGAGUCGCGCCAGCGAGAGCGAGAGGGGGUGUCCAUGUCAGCUGACGAAGAAGAAGAGAUAUUUCACCUGCGGGUGUUUGGCUUUGACGAGGAUGCUUCUAUGCCUCUUGGCCUUCUUCGUAAGGAGGACCUGGACUCCAUCGCUGGCGGUUUGUCGAGCUGCCUCAUGUGGCUUGAUGCACCAUGCCUGGAGAGGCCGACUGACCAACCCGAAACGCAGCUUCUGCGGCUGACGGUGGACACCAAGGCGCUGGUUCCACCAGGACAUGUGAUUCUGGGCGCCAGCUUCGCGGAGUGGCUCGGCCUCCCGCGCUUCGGCCUGGCGAAGCUCCGGCGCUGUCACCAGGUGCCGGUGUUCGUUCCUCGCGUGGAGUUGGUGCCCUGCGGUCCUGGCUGGGAAGGAGUCAGCCCAUCCUUCAGAGAAGACACCUGCUGGCUUCGUCGGCGCUUCGAAUCUCUGGUCAAAGCCCAGGGUGAAGUUCACUUGGCAGACGGCGCGCCCUUACUCCUGCGGCCUGAGAAGGAUGCCGAGGACGUGGUGAAGGACUCGCUGGCUCCGACCAUGGCAUCCACCUGCACAGUCGGCAGUGGUUCAGAGGCUGAUUUAUACGAGGGCCUGUCUGACAUCGAUGACAUCUAUCAGCGGCAAGAGCUUCCAAUUUGCGCAGAUGCCGAGUGCGGUGUGUACGAGGUCGACCUGGGUUUGGACUUGGUCGAAAUGCUGCCCAAUUCGAGCUCCUGCCGCCCAGAACAGAUGGAGACUCCGCAGGCCAUUCUUGUGUACAUACGACUUGCAGUGGGUGCUGCUCGGGACCUCCGGAAUGGACGGGAGCCGCCCUUUGCGAGAAUCUCUGGGGGCGAGCCCAUGGUGACCAUUGCAGACCUGGAAAGCGGAACGUCCGCCCCUUCCAGACCGAAAAUGGACCCUCUAGGUCGUCUCUGGUCGGGCCUGCCUCGAGAUCCCCCCGAGGACUGGACGGGCGUCGUGGAGUUGGUGCCGCCCUUUUGCUCUGGGCCCAUUGACGCGAUGUCGAUGGUGUCUGAGUCGGCCGAGACGCUGCAUCGGUACCUACAGGCCUGCUUGGGUGCCAGUGGGAAGGGUGGCAUGUUUGCGAAGACCGCAGACCCCAGACUUGGCGUGGCCGUUCCAGGCAUGGUUGCUGUCACCGGAUCUCCCGGGUCCGGCAAAACCAGGCUGUGCCGGCGCAUUCUCUCGCAGAUGAUGGCGGAUGGAGUUUUGCCACUGCAGGUGAUGUGUGGCAAGCUGGGCCCAGCGAAGAAGUUCACGACUGUGCAGGAGUGGCUGCGCGCCGUGGUCUUCUUUGCUUGCUGGUAUUCCCCCUGUGUGGUGCUGCUUGAUGACUUUGGUGCGCUUUGUCCCGAUGUGGAGCCUGGUGCGCCAAACCUCUCGAUCACGGAGGAGCGCUCGUCUCUGCUGGCCGAAAUGUUGCUGGACCUGCUUCCAGAGGUUCGGUCCAGCGGUGCCCGAGUCGCCUUUGUGGUGACCAUCCCGGAUGAUUCGUCCGUGCACCGGAUGCUUUGGACGUGGCCAGCGCUGGAGCACAAGGUGGCAAUUCGUCAGCCUCAGUUGAAGGAGCGGCCGGAGAUUCUCAUGGCGCUGGUUCAGCUGAAGGUUGUGGGCCUCAGUUGGCAGUUUGGCCACAUCUGUUGUUUUUUUUUCAGGUGGAGGAGGGCUGGGAUGCAAAGCUGGCCUGAUUUGGGUGGCAGAACUGGCCAAUCGAUUGGCCCGAUUCUUCCAUGUGCUGGGACCAAAAUCCGGUUGUCCGCUCGAUGUCCAUGCCAGGUGGAGCAGGCGCUGCUCGCAGAGGGAGCUCUGGAUGCCUGGGGCGGGCGUGUGGAUGGCUUCAGCAUCGCGGAUCUCUGCGACCUCGUGGAGCGUGCCUGCGUUGAGGCCAACGUGCAGGCCAGCGGAGAACGGCUGCGUGACGGCACCUCUGAGUGGGGCAAGCAGCGCCUCUGCAUGGAGCAGUUGCAGAAGGCCUGCGAGGACUUUGUCCCGGCCACCAUGGCAGACCAGACGUUCUUCACUUCGGAGGUUCAGUUGGCUGACAUUGGAGGCCUGCAGAGCGCCAAACAGGAGCUGAUGGACAUGUUGACCAUGCCUACAAGAUAUGCGGUUCUGCUUGACCGUGCUCCUGUUCGAACUCGCAAGGGCCUCAUGCUUGUCGGCCCACCUGGCUGUGGCAAGACUAUGCUCAUACAGGCGGCAGCUCACGAGACGAAGGGACUGCUCAGGUUCCUCUCUGUCAAGGGGCCCGAGCUUCUUUCCAAGUACAUCGGGGAGUCGGAAGCCGGUGUGCGCAAGGUCUUUGAGCGAGCAGCGGCCGCUGCGCCAGCUGUCAUUUUCUUUGAUGAAAUCGAAGCAUUGACACCCAAACGUGGAGCUGACUCCACGGGCGUCACGGACCGCGUGGUCAACCAGAUGCUGUGCUACCUGGAUGGGGUUGAGGACAGAGGCCGAGUCUUUGUGGUUGCUGCAACUGGGAGACCGGACAUGGUUGAUCCUGCCCUGAUGCGUCCCGGCCGCUUUGACAAGAUCUGCUACUGUGGCCUUCCUUCCGAGGCGGAGAAGCUUGACAUUUGUCAAGUACUGGCAAGGAAGAAUAAGCUCACGGACGGCGCUCCGGCUUCAGCAGAAGCUGACCUCAAUGUGCAGCUCCGGCAGUUGGUGUCGCGCCUACCCCGGUUGUUCACCUCUGCGGACAUCAAUGCCCUCUUCUCGUCUGCGAAGAUCGAGGCGGUGAAUGAGAAGCUCAAGAAGGAGGCAGUUGGAGAGCCGAAGAUCACCAUGGGUCACUUGUACACCGCACUGGAGAGCGCCAAGGCCUCCGUCUCUGAGUCGGACGAGCGGCGGCAUGCGCAGAUCUUUGCGCCAUACUGUGGCGGAAGCGGCAGCAGGGGAGGUCUUGGCGAGACUGCCAAGGCUGUGAAGGUUGCACUUGCCUGAGAUGGCUCACCGCGCGCGCGCGC